AUCCCAGUGCAGGUAUUUCUGCUGCUGUGUUCAUCCCUUGCCGACUACCACCCCGGUUUAUUUUUUUUUUUAAAGGAAAGAAAAAAAGAACGAAAAGGAGAAGUCGAACUCUCAAAGGGUUACUAUGCAAUUGCGACUGAUUUCUUGGUUUUUUAUCACUUUGAACUUUAUGGAAUACAUUGGCAGCCAGCACGCCUCCAGGGUACGGCGACAGGGAAGAAUGCAUCCUAACGUGAGCCAGGGUUGCCAAGGAGGGUGUGCUACAUGUUCUGACUACAACGGAUGCCUGUCAUGUAAGCCCAGGCUCUUUUUUGUUCUGGAGAGGAUUGGCAUGAAACAGAUCGGAGUAUGUCUUUCCUCGUGUCCAAGCGGAUACUAUGGGACACGGUACCCCGACAUUAAUAAGUGUGCAAAAUGUAAAGCUGACUGUGAUACCUGCUUCACCAGAAACUUCUGCACAAAGUGUAAAAGUGGGUUUUACUUAUACAGUGGAAAGUGCCUUGAAAAGUGCCCUGACGGGCUGGAAGCCAACAAUCACACGAUGGAGUGCACUAGCAUCGUGCACUGUGAAGCUAGUGAGUGGAGUCCAUGGAGCCCUUGCACAAAGAAAGGAAAAACAUGUGGUUUCAAAAGAGGAAAUGAAGUAAGGGUCAGAGAGAUCGUACAGCAUCCGUCAGCAAGGGGCAAUCCUUGCCCAGCUACAAGCGAGAGCAGAAAAUGUAUUGUACAAAGAAAGAGAUGUCAGAAGGAAGGAAAAGGGAAAAAAAAUAGGGAGGAGAAAAGAAAAAAGUCCAACAAAGAUGAAAGCAAGGAGUCAAGACAGGAAAGCAAAGGGCGAGCAGCCCGAAGACAAAACCGAGAACAGAGGGAAAACAACAACAAAACGCAGCUGAAGAAAAGAAAAGCCCCAAAUAAAGAACAGAACCUGGCACCCGUCGACACUGCACAUUAACAGCCCUCCAUGAUUGUUUAAGUCUUAUGAUGCUGCUAUCUCUACCAGAUCGCCCUGACAGGUGCUCCAACUGUUCAGGCCGCAAAUGGACAAUGCUACCAGUUAUUAUUAAACUUUAAACAACAUUCCAAAUACUUCCUAUAUUCUCCAAGCAACCAUAGUUUAUUAAAGAGAUUGACAUGAGCCAAGACAAAAAAAAGUUUAAAAAUGGGAUACUUUAAAACUGUUAUAUUAUAUGCUUCCAGGCAUCUGUAAAAGGCAAUUAAGAAAUUUUGUAUAUAUAAAUAAUAGGGUAUAAAAUAUAGCAAUAUAAUAAUGAAAGACAUUCAGAUGAACAAUGUUCUUUUUCUUUGUAAAAUAUUUUUCAAGUUAUUGUUUAAGUAUGAGGCAAGAGAUAUGUCUAAAUCUAAGACGCAAAUCGUAUCCCUUCAUAUAUUGUACAUAAAUAUUAAGAGAAGGAGGAAAACGUUUCUGAAGAGCCAGUAGGAACCCAAGGUUUUAUAACCUCUGGUGGAGCAGGAUGGGAUUGCCCUGUGGUUCCCUGGUCCGUGCUCCAGACACGGGUGAGAAACACCAGGGGAAAGCCAGCAGGGCUUCACAAGCUGAGGGAAAAGAAGCAGAAGCAUCUCCAGCUUUGAAGACUGAAUCACUGAGGCAGAAGGCAACGAAGCUGAGUUUGAAUAGUGCUCUUAUCUGUGGGACAACACAAUGUUUUCUGGUUUAAACAGUGGUACCGUGUGUGCUGUUUUAUGCUUUUUAUACCUAUGUGUAACUUAAGUCUACAUUUCAAAUCUUCUGGUGAAUGACCAAUCGUAUUUGUAGGAGACAACGUUGAGUUAAUAAAAACCAGAAAAAUAGA